UGCUCAUAGAGUGCAUUUCCGCUUCCGGCGCUGUCCAUGUGGGCCGGAGGAGGAGUAGCAGUUGUGAACCCGUGUAUUCAGUGUAGGUUAGAAUUACGUGUGAAUUGGUAAAAAGCCACUAUGGAGACUAAAGACCAGAAGAAACACAGAAAGAAAAAUAGUGGGCCCAAAGCUGAAAAGAAGAAGAAACGGCAUUUGCAGGAUCUCCAACUUGGAGAUGAGGAAGAUGCCAGGAAGCGAAACCCCAAAGCUUUUGCAGUCCAGUCUGCUGUGCGAAUGGCUAGAUCCUUUCACAGAACUCAGGAUUUGAAGACAAAAAAGCAUCACAUUCCAGUGGUUGAUCGAACUCCACUGGAGCCCCCACCAAUAGUGGUGGUGGUGAUGGGGCCUCCAAAAGUUGGAAAGAGCACUUUGAUCCAGUGCCUCAUUCGGAACUUCACCAGGCAGAAGCUGACCGAGAUCCGGGGCCCUGUAACAAUUGUGUCAGGUAAAAAGCGCAGACUCACCAUUAUUGAAUGUGGGUGUGACAUUAACAUGAUGAUUGAUCUGGCUAAAGUAGCAGAUUUGGUUCUGAUGCUUAUAGAUGCCAGCUUUGGGUUUGAAAUGGAAACAUUUGAGUUUCUAAACAUCUGUCAAGUACAUGGCUUUCCUAAAAUUAUGGGCGUUCUCACUCACCUAGACUCCUUCAAGCAUAAUAAGCAACUGAAGAAGACAAAGAAGAGAUUAAAACACAGGUUCUGGACAGAAGUCUACCCGGGUGCGAAGCUGUUCUACCUUUCUGGAAUGGUGCAUGGAGAAUAUCAAAACCAAGAAAUUCAUAAUCUGGGCCGUUUUAUUACAGUUAUGAAGUUUAGGCCUCUUACAUGGCAAACGUCUCACCCUUAUAUUCUUGCAGACAGGAUGGAAGAUUUGACAAACCCAGAAGAUAUCCGAACAAAUAGCAAGUGUGACCGAAAGGUGUCUCUUUAUGGUUAUUUAAGAGGAGCACAUUUGAAAAAUAAAAGCCAAAUUCACAUGCCAGGUGUAGGAGAUUUUGCUGUGAGUGACGUCAGUUUCCUCCCAGACCCCUGUGCGCUUCCUGAACAACAAAAGAAGCGCUGUUUAAAUGAGAAAGAAAAGUUGGUGUACGCACCUCUGUCUGGAGUUGGUGGUGUGCUGUAUGACAAAGAUGCUGUCUACGUUGACCUUGGGGGCAGCCACGGCUUCCAGGAAUCGGAGGAGGUGAGGCCCACCCAUGAACUGGUCCAGAGUCUCAUUUCCACCCAUUCCACUAUUGAUGCCAAGAUGGCUUCAAGUAGAGUGACACUUUUUUCUGAUUCCAAACCGCUGGGGUCAGAGGAUAUAGAUAAUCAAGGGCUGUUGAUGCCGAAAGAGGAAAAGCAGUUGGAUUUGAAAACUGGGCGAGUGCGUCGGAAAGCCGUUUUUGCAGAUGAAGAAGACAAGUCUGGAGACAGUGAUGAUGAAGAUGAUGAAGAAAUGUCUGAAGGUGACAGGUUGGAAAAUAGCUCUAGUGAUGAUGAGACAGAAGAGGAGGAAGAUGCUGAAAUGACUGAUAAACAGUAUAUGUCUGGUAAAGGUAUCAAACGGCAAAAACUUGAGCUAGAAGAAGACGUGGAGAUGGAUUUGCCAGCGUUUGCCGAUAGUGAUGAUGACCUUGAGAGGAGCUCAGUGGAAGAAGAAGCAGAGGAAGCCGACGAAAGCAGUGAGGAAGAGGACUCCACUGCAGAGGAAGAGAGGAGUAUUUUACAAUCUAAGGCUGUCAGAGAAGGCACUAAGCGAGGACCAUUACAAACUAAUGGUGUGAGUGAUAGUUUGCAUCUGGAGAAGUCUUUGACAGUGAAAAAGGCAGCCCUCACCACUUCAGAUUCAGGCCAUUGCACAGCUGAAGAGGCAUUUGCAUCCGAAGAUGAAUCUGAAGAAAACUCUUCUGUCAGUACAGAGGAGGCGGAGGGUUCAGAAAAUGAAAAGGUUAUUAGGAAAAAGUUCCCAGAGCCUUCUCAAGUGGUCAGUAGUCAGAAACUGGGGUUAGAGAACUUAACCGAUGAGACCAGUGAUAUAGAAGACUUACUCAAAGAGGAAGAAGAUUACAAGGAAGAAAAUAACUAUUCCACAGAAACUUCAGGUGCCCUCAAGUGGAAGGAAGACCUGUCCAGGAAGGCAGCUGAGGCCUUUCUGAGGCAGCAGCAAACAGCUCCAAAUCUUCGAAAGCUUAUUUAUGGGACAGUGACAGAGGAUAAUGAAGAAGAAGAAGAUGGUGAUACCAGGGAAGAGCUUGGAGGGUUGUUUCGUGUCAGCCAGCCUGCCAGAGAGUGUAAGCACAAGGCUGACUCUUUGGAUUGCUCCAGGUUUCACGUGGAGGCGCCCCAUGACUGGGAUUUAGAGGAGGUUAUGAACAGUAUCAGAGAUUGCUUCGUGACUGGGAAGUGGGAAGAGGAUAAGGAUGCAGCCAAGAUCUUAGCAGAAGAUGAGGAGCUCUAUGGUGACUUUGAAGACUUGGAAACAGGGGACGUGCACAAGGGAAAAUCAGGCCCGGAUACCCAGACUGAUGACACAGAGGAAGAAGUUAAAGAAGAAACUGACCCCAGCGCAGAGGAAAGUGCCAAGAAAAAGCAUUUGGAUAAAAAGAGAAAAUUGAAAGAGAUGUUUGAUGCAGAAUAUGAUGAAGGAGAAAGCACAUACUUUGAUGAUCUUAAAGGAGAAAUGCAGAAACAAGCACAGCUUAACCGGGCAGAAUUCGAAGAUCAAGAUGACGAAGCCAGAGUUCAGUAUGAAGGUUUUCGACCUGGGAUGUAUGUCCGAAUUGAGAUAGAAAAUGUCCCCUGUGAAUUCGUGCUUAACUUUGACCCCCAUUACCCAAUUAUUUUGGGUGGUUUGGGCAAUAGUGAGGGCAAUAUUGGAUAUGUACAGAUGCGUCUGAAGAAACAUCGUUGGUAUAAGAAAAUCCUCAAAUCUCGAGAUCCAAUCAUUUUUUCUGUAGGCUGGAGGAGGUUUCAGACCAUCCCACUUUAUUAUAUUGAAGACCACAAUGGAAGACAAAGGCUUCUAAAAUAUACCCCACAGCACAUGCAUUGUGGAGCAACCUUUUGGGGUCCUAUCACGCCACAGGGUACUGGGUUCUUGGCAAUACAGUCUGUCAGUGGCACAAUGCCUGAUUUCCGGAUAGCUGCCACAGGAGUUGUUCUUGAUUUGGAUAAAUCUAUAAAAAUUGUGAAGAAGUUAAAGUUAACUGGUUUUCCAUAUAAAAUUUUCAAGAACACUUCGUUCAUUAAGGGAAUGUUUAAUUCUGCCUUGGAAGUGGCCAAGUUUGAAGGUGCCGUGAUUCGAACUGUCAGUGGAAUAAGGGGACAGAUCAAGAAGGCUCUCCGGACUCCAGAAGGAGCUUUCCGGGCCACCUUUGAAGAUAAAUUGCUGAUGAGUGAUAUCGUCUUCAUGAGAACUUGGUAUCCUGUCUCCGUUCCAGCCUUCUAUAACCCAGUCACAUCUUUGUUGAAACCAAUUGGUGAGAAAGAUACCUGGUCAGGAAUGCGGACAACUGGUCAACUCCGGCUUGCCCAUGGCAUCAAACUAAAGCCCAACAAGGAUUCUCUGUAUAAGCCAAUCAUGAGGCAAAAGAAACAUUUUAAUUCACUCCACAUUCCGAAAGCCUUGCAGAAGGCCCUGCCUUUUAAGAACAAGCCCAAAACCCAAGGAAAGGCAGGCAAGAUUCCGAAGGACAGACGUAGACCAGCCGUCAUACGGGAGCCUCAUGAAAGGAAGAUCCUUGCACUGCUGGAUGCUCUGAGUACAGUGCACAGUCAGAAGAUGAAGAAAGCCAAGGAGCAACAGCAUCUACAGAACAAAGAACACUUCAAAAUGAAGCAGAAGGAGGAAGAGGAGAAACUGAAGCGACAGAAGGACCUCAGGAAGAAGGUCUUCCGAAUUCAGGGUCAGAAAGAAAGAAGAAAUCAGAAGUCCAGCCUGAAGGGGCCCAAGGAGCAGUCGAAGUGAGCUCCAGACAGAUAGAGUCGUUUGAAUCUGCACUGAUGAAUGGUUUUAUAUAUUGUAGUACUUGUAAAUAACAAGUCAGGGGACUGGAGCCUAAAAACGACCUCUUUGUUGGGUAUACCGCCCAGACUGUGCCUUUGAGAGGAGAAAUGGAGACUGCUGGUAGGACGCCUGUUCAUUCUCAACAUCUAGGUUAUGUCAACAUAAAGCAAUAUAAUUUAUGGUUCUCUAGAUUCUCUCACAUUCCUCUUACCUGUCUUAGUUUAAUCUUGUGCUACAAAAAUAUCAUUAAAAUAUUUUCCUGUUAA